AGCUUUUCAAACUAUUUUCAGCUUCUGAAGCAACCAGAGCCUAGCUAAAUAUUUAACAGACACUCUACGUGUUAACAAUAUAAAAAAACUUGAAAUUUGUUAAAAUUGUAACAGUAACUUGAAAAAAUGGUUGUAACCAAAUGCCUAGGCAUAACCGAGAGGGUUUCCAAAACUGAGAAGCAGCCGCUACAUCAUGUGAACAUUCCAUACGAAAAAGCCACCUUUGGAAUGGGUUGCUUCUGGGGCUGUGAUUCGCUGUUUGGUGCCACCAAGGGUGUUUUGAGAACCUGUGUCGGAUACUCCGGUGGUACCACCGAUUCUCCCGUGUACAGAAGCAUGGGUGAUCAUACGGAAGUGAUUGAAAUCCACUACGAUCCAACAGUGCUCAGCUAUUCGGAUUUGCUAGAUCUGUUCUGGAACAACCACGAAUAUGGGCUGACCACUCGCAUCAAGCGCCAGUACAUGUCACUUAUUUUGUAUCACAGUGAAGAACAGCGUCGCAUUUCGGAAGCUAGUCUAGCAGAGGAACAGAUCAAACGGGCUCCCGAGCAAAUCAUCACUGAAAUAGCUGCCGCCGGCGCUUUCUACCCCGCCGAAGAUUACCACCAAAAAUAUCGUCUCCAAAGUCAUCGCCAGCUGGCAAAAGAACUGGGGCUGACACCGGAACUGUUGCGCAGCUCGCACGUGGCUGCAGGGUUGAACGGUUACCUGAUCGGCGUCGGUGGGCUGGAGCAGUUUGAUAAAGAUGCCGAACGGCUCGGUCUCAGCGAGGAUCAGAUUCAGUACGUGCGAGAUCACGUACGAGAUAACGAGGGCGGUGGAAUAUUCUGCUGAAACAGUGGGGGUAGAUCUGGGUUACUUAGAGUGUUUGUGUUUUCGGUAAUGUUUUUAUAAAAUGUUACCGAAUUUAGAAUGCUAUCGCGUAAGGAUAUAUUGUUCGUAGUAGUUGGUGUUAUUAGGCUAUAGUACCUGUAUUAUUAAUUAUUAGCAAGUUAAGAGAAAUUGAAUACACAUGCACUUUUUUUGAACAAU